AUGUAUGCAGGUGAAGGUAACACAGCAGUUAAUGCUGAUGAUCACAAGUACGAAGAUAUUGAUAAACCACAUGCUAAGACAGGGCAGGGUCAGUAUCAAGCCUCCACUGAAUCCAACACAAACACCACAGCUGUCGUAAUGACCAGUGGUCAUGAUCAGGCAGGGCAGGGUCAGUCUCAGACCAACACUGAAUCCAACACAAACACCACAGCUGUCGUAAUGACCAGUGGUCAUGAUCAGGCAGGGCAGGGUCAGUCUCAGACCAACACUGAAGCCAACACAAACACCACAGCUGUCGUAAUGACCAGUGGUCAUGAUCAGGCAGGGCAGGGUCAGUCUCAGACCAACACUGAAUCCAACACAAACACCACAGCUGUCGUAAUGACCAGUGGUCAUGAUCAGACAGCGCAGGGUCAGUCUCAGGCCAACACUGAAUCCAACACAAACACCACAGCUCUCGUAAUGACCAGUGGUCAUGAUCAGGCAGGGCAGGGUCAGUCUCAAACCAACACUGAAGCCAACACAAACACCACAGCUGUAGUAAUGACCAGUGGUAAUGAUCACCAGUAUGAAGAUAUUGACAACAAUCGUGUUAAAACUGGACAGGGUCAGUCUCAGGCCAUCACUGAAUCCAACACAAACACCACAGCUACUGUAAUGACACUUAGUGAUCAUUAUUACCGGUAUGACGAUUUUGAAAACAAUUAUUUUAAGACAGAACAGGGUCAGUCUCAGACUAUCACUGAAUCCAACACAAACACCAGAGCUACUGUAAUGACCAGUGGUCAGGAUCAGACAGGGCAGGGUCAGUCUCAAGCUAUCACUGAAUCCAACACAAACACCACAGCUACGGUAAUGGCCAGUGAUCAUUAUUACCGGUAUGACGAUUUUGAAAACAAUUAUUUUAAGACAGAACUGGAAUUUAGGGAGUUUUGA